AUGAAGUGUGUCCUGCUGGGCCAGGUCCUGGUGCUGCUCUGGGUGUCCCUGGCUUGGGCUGAGGUCCUGGUGCAGCCCGAUUUUGAUGCUAAGAAGUUCUCAGGCCUCUGGUACGUGGCCUCCAUGGUCUCCAACUGCAAGGUCUUCCUGGGCAAGAAGGAUCACCUGCUAAUGUCCACCAGGGCCAUCAAGGCCAUGGUGGGGGGCAACCUCAUUGUCCACAUGGAGUUCCCUCGGGCUGAUGGCUGUCACCAGGUGGAUGCUGAGUACCUGAGGGUGGGCUCUGAGGGCCACUUCAAAGUCCCAGCCCUGGGCUACCUGGAUGUGCGCAUCGUGGACACAGACUAUAGCUCCUUCGCUGCGGUCUAUAUCUGCAAGGAGCUGGAGGGACCGCGCAGCACCAUGGUGCAGCUCUACAGCCGGACCCAGGAAGCAAGUCCCCAAGCUGUGAAGAUCUUCCGGGACUUCUACCCCACUGUGGGGCUCCCGGACGACGUGAUGGUCAUGCUGCCCAAGUCAGGGAGUGUGCCUGGCACCCCUCCCGGCACCCCGCCCGGCACCCCUCCUGGCACCCCGCCCGGCACCCCACCCGGCAUCACACCCGGCACCCCUCCCGGCACCCCGCCCGGCACCCCGCCCGGCUCCCCGCCCGGCACCCCGCCCGGCAUCCUGCUCUCCCUGGCUGUGCUGGCUAGUCACCCACGUGAGCUGGACCAGCAGACCUUGUCGUCCCGAGUUGUCCAGACCCACCAUCCUCCUGGGCCUGGAGCUGUGGUCCCCAGCCGCCCCACUGCCGGGUCCACUGUCGUGCCAGGCCAGGAAGGUGGUGGUGCCACUGCGUUCGUGCAGGCUGACCCCACCCCAGCGGCUGUGGGUGUCACUGGGUCUGCAUGGCGCCCCUGCAAAAAGCUGUUUCGCUGA